CCCAGCCCCUGGCCCUCCGUCCUGACCCUCCAGCCCCACUGAAGACAUGGUGCUCCACCACAAAGAGUUUGAGAAGGCUGGCCGCGCGGCCGGCCUGCAGGUGUGGAGGAUCGAGAGCCUGGAGCUGGCCCCCGUGCCCGAGGGCCUCCACGGGAGCUUCUUCACCGGCGACGCCUACCUGGUCCUGCGGACGACGAUGCAGAAGAACCACUCGUUCUACGACCUCCACUACUGGCUCGGGAAGGAGUGCAGCCAGGACGAGAGCACGGCCGCGGCCAUCUUCAGUGUCCAGCUGGACGACUUCCUGGGGGGCCGGCCGGUGCAGUACCGGGAGCUGCAGGGGGUGGAGUCCACCGCGUUCACCAGCCUCUUCAAGGGAGGCAUCACGUACAAAACAGGGGGAGUGUCAACAGGCUUCCACCAUGUGGUCACCAAUGACCUUUCUGCUCAGAGGCUCUUCCACAUCAAGGGCCGGCGUGUCGUCAGGGCGACGGAGGUCCUGCUCAGCUGGUCCAACUUUAAUAAGGGCGACUGCUUCAUCGUGGACCUCGGAGCGGUGAUUUACCAAUGGUGUGGUUCCAUGUGCAACAAGUUUGAGCGACUGAAGGCGAUGCAAGUAGCCAACGGUAUCCGUGACAACGAGAGAAAUGGGAGGGCCAAGCUUGUGGUUGUGGAAGAGGGAAGUGAGCCAUCGAGUUUGACCGAGGUUCUGGGGAGAAAGCCAGAAUUACCGGAGGACGAUGACAGCGAGGAUACAGUCGCCGACAUGGCCAAUAGAAAGAUCGCAAAACUAUACAUGGUGUCUGAUGCCACGGGGGACAUGAAGGUGUCCCUUGUGUCAGAGGAAAACCCAUUCAACCAGGAGCAACUGCUGUCGGAUGAAUGCUUCAUCCUCGACAAUGGCAAGAACAAGAAGAUCUUUGUGUGGAAAGGACAUAAGGCCAACCCCAGUGAGAGGAGAGAGGCUAUGAAAACAGCUGAGGGCUUCAUCAAACAGAUGGGCUACGACCCAAACACACAGAUCCAGGUUCUCCCGGAGGCUGGGGAAACAGCCAUCUUCAGGCAGUUCUUCUCGGGCUGGAGGGAGAAGGACCAGAGCGAGGGCUUCGGGAAGGUCUACGUCACCAACAGAAUCGCCAAGAUCCAGCAGACCCAGUUCGACGCCUCGAAGCUCCACAGCUCCGCCCAAAUGGCGGCCCAGUACAACAUGGUGGACGACGGGAGUGGGGAAACCCAGAUCUGGAGGGUGGAGAGCAGCGGACGAGUUCCGGUGGACGCUGACACCUACGGUCAGUUCUACGGCGGAGACUGUUACAUCAUCCUGUACACAUACAGGAAGGGCCAGAUCAUCUACACCUGGCAGGGAGCCAGCUGCACCCUGGACGAGCUGACAGCCUCCGCCUUCCUCACGGUGGAGCUGGACCGGUCCCUGGGAGGGAACGCCGUCCAGGUCAGGGUCUCCCAGGGCAAGGAGCCCCCCCACCUCCUGAGUCUCUUUAAGACCACGCCCCUGAUAGUCUUUAAGAAUGGUACGUCCCGCCUGGGGGGUCAGGCCGCCCCACCUGCAACCCGCCUCUUCCAGGUGCGGAAGAAUCUGAGCACCAUUACAAGAAUCGCAGAGGUGGAGGCCAGGGCGUCCAGCCUGAACGCCAACGACGCCUUCCUGCUCAGGACACCCGGGGGCCGGGGGUUCCUGUGGGUGGGCCGAGGGGCCAGCGGGGAAGAGGAGAAGGGGGCCCAGUACAUCAGCGAGAAGCUGGUGUGUAACAGCAAGCGCAUAGCAGAGGGGGAGGAGCCAGCGGACUUCUGGGAUGCGUUGGGCGGGAAGUCAGAUUAUCAGACCUCGGACAACCUGCAGAGUCAGAGCAUGAGUCAUCCCGUCCGUCUGUUCGGCUGCUCCAACAAGACCGGCACGUUUAUGGUGGAGGAGGUCCCGGGGGAGUUCACCCAGGAGGACCUGGCCGAGGACGACGUGAUGCUGCUGGACGUGUGGGACCAGGUACGGGACGUCCGGCCCCAGGACCCGGAGAACACACACCAUGAGCACAGCGUCACAUUCAGUCCCCUCAUAUCUCACAGGUCCAAUGUGUACUCCUCACAGGUGUUCCUUUGGUUUGGAAAGGACGCCAACGAUCUGGAAAGAACAGAGUCUGUCAGAUCGGCUCAACAGUACAUAGAGACCGACCCAGGGGGCCGGGACCCCCGGACCCCCGUGGUGACGGUAAAGCAGGGCCACGAGCCCGCCACCUUCACGGGCUGGUUCCUGGCCUGGGACCCCUCCUACACCGCCUUCAGCUCCCUGAAGCUGUAGCAGAGCAAGCCGUCUGGGCGGCGGGAGCGAGGACAAAGGAGCCAUGCGAGGGCUCCAUCUGAUCUGCACUGCAAGGGGAAUGACAAAUUGGUGCUGCGUAUGUUUUAAACUCAUGUUAUAAUUAUGUCAUCAACAUUGUUUUUAUAUCUAUAUAUGUUAAGGUAAAAGCCAAAGCAAACAGUAUUGCCUUUCAGUGUGUGUGUGUGGGGGGGGUGCGCGUGUCUGUGUGUGUGUCUGCGUGCUUGUGUGCACGCGAUGAAUAUAAUAUAUAAUAAUAUAUAUAUGAUAUCUCUAUAAUAAUAUAUAUAUAUAAUUCAUCGCUAAGUUGUCGUUGCAGGGCAGUCACCACAGGGUGGCGCCCGAGCAGCAUGGUACUCCGCGAUUUUUUUUGCUGAAACUGUACUUUCUUCACAGUUUAUUUGCAUGCUUACCGCUUCUUGUGACUUACUGUUUAUUGAGUUGAAAUUGCCAGCAUGUUUGCAACAAUGUAAUGCUAGUAUUGGUAUCCGGUGCUUCACUUGGAAUAAACUGUUGAGGCAGACUUGUCUUUGUUGUAAGU